UCUACUCUGUCCUCAGGGCCAGAUAUAACAGGCUGCGUUUGUGAACUCCAGACAUACCAAGCGGACAAAACAGUGGAUAACCUGGACCUGUGUGAUCUGUGUGUUUGGAUAUUUAUUUUCUAGUUCUAUCCAUGCUUUAUUGACCAGUCUUCAAAAUGGAUGUGGCAUCACGUCUCCGACAACCUCUGUGCAUCGAUACCAACAUCGCCUACUCCUUGGAUCUCAGUAAAUUUCCAGGUCUUGAUGAUCCUCAGCACAAGAAUCAACCGUCCCUUCUCAUAGCGUCACCAGUCCCUGCUGUAUCUACUGACAUAAUACCUAGUCCGACAACUGUGGAGAUUCCAGGCCUAAAUGAGGAGCUUUUAGAUGACCUCCUAUCUGUUAUAGAUUGGGAGAACAAAGCCUACGAAGCCAGCCAUGAACCAGCACAUAAGCACCUCACGAACACUGUACGACAAACACAGCAAGUGCAUCAAGUCCAGUCUACGCACCAUCGCCACCAAGGUCACACGUCUGUUCCUGCAAGGUCACACGUGCCAUCUCAUGCCGUGGUAAACCCAAACAUGCGACAGCCCGCACAAUGUCCUAACAAGCUGGUGACAAACAGCGAUCUUUCGAAAUACGCUUUGGACGUUAUAUUCACCAACCUCAUUUACCCAGAUGUCAGUAGAGGCGGGUCCUUCUCAUUGGAUACUUUAUUACAAAGUGUUCCUCGAGAAAAGCCACAGCAGAGAGUGCAUUCUGGACACCCAGAAACCUUCAUUGGAGAAUACGUCUCAAGACUGAGACAUAUCACAGACAAUGGUAAUGAGAUGCCAUCAGAGUUACCUUUCCGUGGAGGUCAUAGCUAUGGGAAGCGGAAACGGUCAAGUGAUGUGACAUGUGAUUAUGAAACACAGAAACGUUUAAAAUGUAAUACAGAGCCUCAAAACUCUAAUGUGUAUUCCCGUAUGAUGUCAAAUGUGAUUCCACACGAAAGAACAAUGUUGGUUCCAAGACGAAUUCGGGAGCUUAUGUGUUAG